AUGAUGUCCAGGAGUCAGUCGAGUUUGGGUUAUCUAGAUACCCCCCGAGAAGACUCCUCUAGCUCCGGAGUUAUGCCAGGAUAUACCCAACCGCCUUCGAAUUCAGGGCCCAUCAAUUUGUCAGGACUAGUGUGUAAUGUACGACGCACGACCGGCAGAGAACCAUAUCCUCUGGUGGGGGCGACGACCACCAUUCUGGGGGAUAAACUCUACGUAUUCGGAGGCCGCAUCUUGUCGAAGACCCGGCCGCAGCUGACGUCCGAUUUGUAUGAGCUGGACUUGAUUCGACGACACUGGACCAAGGUCGAAACCACCGGCGAUGUCCCUCGUCCGCGAUACUUCCACAGCGUGUGUGCCCUGGGGGACAAUAAACUGGUGUGCUAUGGUGGCAUGUCUCCUUCUCUAAGUGCUCCCAAGGAUCUAGGAGUCAAUGGCUCCGCGGGUCAGGAUGCGCAACCGGAGGUCGUCGUCAUGUCCGAUAUUCAUAUUCUGGACGUGCCUUCUCGGACAUGGGUCCGAGUCCCUGCGACCGAAUCGCCUCAGGGCCGAUAUGCCCAUUGUGCGACGAUCUUACCUUCCAGCGCGCAUUUCACGUCCGCUAGUGCUCCACUCUCGGCGAUCCAUCACAACCCUGCAUCAUCGAACCCUCAUCAGGGCUCGAUCGGUGUGGAUAUCGAUGGCUUCGGGGGCGCGGAAAUGGUGGUCGUGGGCGGCCAGGACAGCUCCAAUCAUUACAUUGAGCAGGUCAGCGUGUUUAACCUGCGGAGCCUGAAGUGGACUAACACCAGCGUACUGGGAAGAAGCUGUGGUGCUUAUCGUAGCGUCGUGGCUCCACUGACCGGUAUGAAUGUGUUGGAUGUCGGGUCAAACUCCGUUGACAACGAUGCACAAGAUGUGGUGGAGGAGUCUCAGGUCGAAGGCACACCCAUGUUGAUUUAUUCCAACUACAAUUUCCUCGACGUGAAGUUGGAGCUCCAGCUCCGUCUUCCCGAUGGCCGGCUGGUGGAAAAGCACAUGCAGAGCCAGGCAUCGCCGCCGGGCUUGCGAUUCCCGAACGGCGGCGUCAUCAACGGACACUUCGUCGUGAGCGGCACUUAUCUGACCUCGUCAAAGCAGGAAUAUGCUCUGUGGGCUCUGGAUCUCAAAACGCUCACGUGGGGUCGUAUCGAUGCCGGCGGGGCGGUGUUUGGUCAGGGCAGUUGGAAUAGGGGUGUGCUGUGGUCGAGGAGGAACACUUUCGUGAUUCUCGGGCAUCGGAAGCGCAGCCUGGUGGAUGAUUAUAAUCAUCGGCGGCUCAAUUUCUCGCAUGUGUGCAUGGUCGAACUGGAGGCGUACGGGUUAUACCACAACCCAUGCAGGAUCUCACCGACGUCGGGAUAUAUCUCGCACAGCGCCCCGUUGGUUCCGGCUUCACUGCAGCAGAAGUUGACUCAACUGACCUCCGGCGGCAGGCCAUUCUCCCCAUCAUCGGAUGAGCUGGGCAGACUGGCGCAGUCCAUCCCCGAGAUGGCCGACAUGGAGCUCCAAGCGGUGGGAGGAGAGCGCAUCCCAGUGAGCUCGCGUAUCUUAACGCGACGAUGGGGCCCCUACUUCAUCCAGCUCCUGCGCGAUUCCGCGGACGGAGGUGUCUCCGACUCGGCUACACUUCGACCAGCGGUGCAAAUGUAUCCCAAUCGCAAUUCAAGCAUCACCAUCACCCCGUCCAUUGGCCACAACAUCAGCUACUCCAAUGCCACCACCCUCCUCAGCAACCAGCCCUCUCCUUACAAAUCAUUGUUAGCAAAUCUUGAGAUACCCUCUGCGCAUAGCUUACCUCCUGCUUCCCGCCAUCGUGUUCUUUAUCUCCCGCAUACUUUCCUCACCCUCCAGGCUCUGGUCCAUUACUUGUACACUUCCUCCCUCCCGCCCGCUGGCUCCCCGCUCUGCACUCCCCAGAUUCUCUGCUCUCUCCUCCAACUCGCUCGGCCCUACCAGGUAGAUGGCCUUCUUGAGGCCACCGUCGAACGGCUACACCAGAUGCUUGACGGGCGCAACGCCGCCGCCGUCUUCAACGCCGCUGCCAUGGCCGCCGGCGGAGGUCGGGGCACCGGCUUCACCAGCGGGCCAGGCGGCACCCUGGAGGCGCUCAAUGGCGCCCAUGCGGCUAGCGAUUCCUCCGUGAUCACCGGAACCAGCACCUCUCAACACAGCCAACUCACCUCGGAUUCCUCCGACACCGAACACGGCACCUCCACCACGGCGUCCGCGACCAGCAGCACCAGCGGCGUCACGCACUCGCGAGGCAUCCCGCUGCGCAUCAACACCAACAUCUUCAGUCGCCGAAAUCGAACCAACGCCAGCCACGAUCGCGACCGCGACCGUGAGGACUCCGUCAGCAACGCUAGUGCCACCUCCGCAUCCACCAACACCAGUUUCGACCAUUCCGACACCGACCUCCCCGGAAAUCAGGGUUCCAACCAUCGCCGUCGUGACACCGAUGCCGAACUCCAACCGCAGCGGGAGAUCUGGACCGGCGAACUCAGCAGCGUCAUUGGUCUACAGAAGCGCGGUCUGCGUGGUCUCAUGGAAGGCCGUCGGUUGCGAGAACGUACUUCUAAACCCCCAAGUACGGGUGGUCUCUUGCCUGUCCCUGGCGAUCUGACUACUUCUGUUGCUAUGACCUAA